UUUUUGGUGGCAUCCUCACUUUUCCUUUUGCCUUUGUAUCAGCAGUAGUAGCAUGAACGGCGUGCACCUCGGCGUCGGCUUUGCCCUUAUCGCGUACCUCCUCUGGGGGUUCCAGCCCAUCUACUGGAAGCAGCUCCUCGACGUCAACUCGUAUGAGCUCAUUCUCCACCGCGUCGUGUGGUCGUACCCGAUUCUCCUCGUCUUCCUCGGCCUCAACGGCGAGCUCAAGACGUACUGGACCGCAAUCACGACGUGGAGCACCUACAAAGUCUACUCGAUCUCGGCGCUUCUUCUCGGCGUCAACUUUUUCUUUUCGCUUUGGGCUGUCAACGCCGGGCACAUUUUGCAAAUGAGUCUUGGGUACUUUGUCAACCCGCUCUUUAGCGUCCUCCUCGGCGUUGUCUUUCUCAAGGAACGGCUCCCGAUGCUCCAAUGGGUCGCGAUUGGCAUUGCGACGAUCGGUGUCGUCAUCGUCACGAUCGGGUACGGCGAGUUUCCGUGGAUUGCGCUCACGAUCGCGGCGGUCUUUGGCUUUUACGGCCUCGUGCAGAAGAAGGCGCCGCUCUCUGGUCUUGUCGGGUGCUCGGUCGAGCUCCUCAUGCUCUUUGUCCCGUGCUUGAUCGGGCUUCUCGUGCUCGAGUUCCGCGGCACCGGUGUCUUUGGCCACUCGGACGCCUCGACCAACUGGCUUAUCGUUGGCUGCGGUGCGGCCACGAUUUUGCCCCAGAUUGCCUUUGUAUCGUGCCUCAAGUACAUUACGCUCUCGCUCCUCGGCGUGGUCCAGUUUGUCGGGCCUACGAUCCAGACGCUUGUCGGUGUCUUCAUGUACGACGAAGACUUUGGCUCGAUGAAGCUCGCGGGCUUCAUUUGCGUGUGGAUCUCGCUCGUCAUUUUCACGGUGGACGGGCUCCGUGCCAAGGCGCCCGAGCCAAUUCUCGACGAAGCCAAGGUCAGCGAGAGCGAAGACGGCACGAGCUCCGACAACAACUCCAAGGCCGAGUACCGCGGUGUCGUUGACGCCCACGUCUAGUUAAGAGUUAGUUUAUUAGUAUGUCUAGUCAAUAGAAAGAUAGUUGCGUUCAUCCUGCAAAUA